UCGCCGGCCGAGUCACCAGCCGGACAACCAACUCAUGGAUCGGCUCCCUCUUCCUGGGGGCGGCCCCGGAGCCGCAGCCAAUACCCCUUUCUUCGUCGCGAUGGAUCAGCACGCAGCCUCUACAUCGACUUCACCACCGGAAAAGGCGCCGCCCGCGGCGCCGCUCCCGGCACCAGAACACCGUGGAAAGUCCAGCUGCAACUGGAGAUCAUCUGACACGAUCAAGGCCAAGAUCAUGUCGCACCCUCUCUAUCCGGCUCUCCUAGGAGCCUUCAUAGACUGCCGGAAAGUCGGAGCGCCGCCGGAAAUCGUAGGUCGGCUCUCCUCCCUCGUCGACGAGCUCCAGCCAAGUUCAGAUGACAUGCAGGAACAGCCGGCAGACCCAGAGCUCGACCAGUUCAUGGAGACCUACCGUGAUAUGCUGGUGAUGUACAGUCAGGAGCUCACGAGGCAAAUCCAAGAAGCCAACGAGUUCUUGAGGAGUGCUGAGGCCCAUAUCGACUCGUUUGCACUAGCAACUGGCAACAACUACAACGAGUGCGGGGGUUCUUCCGAAGAUGAGCAGGAGACCGGCGACGUCGCCGGCCUGCCUUCCGGCGAGGGCAAGCAGCUGACGAGCCAGCUCCUGGACAAGUACAGCGGCUACCUGAGAAGCCUCUGGAGGGACCUCUCCGGGAAGAAGAAGAAGAGCGGGAGGCUGCCGAGGGAGGCGUGCCAGAGGCUCCUGCACUGGUGGCAGCUGCACCAAGGAUGGCCCUACCCAUCGGAACCGGAGAAGCUGGCGUUGGCGGAGUCGACGGGGCUCGACACGAGGCAGAUCAACAACUGGUUCAUCAACCAGAGGAAGCGGCACUGGAGGCCGGCGCCGCCGGCGAUGGGUAGCAGGUUGCAGCACAUCGACGCCGGUGCUUCCACCAGCAGCUCUCCUGCUGUCCUUGGGAUGGAAGGCCAGCACUUCACCAGACGGAGUGGGUAUCCCGACGGUGGUCCGUUGAGACCCUGAUUAGUGGACAUAUACCAUCGUAUGCCAUAUAUAUACACACGUCCAGACGUGCAUGCGGUAGAUGUGAUUCAUUGCAGAGUGAAGUUCAUGAUGAAGCGUAAAUAAUGUGAUCAACUCAACAAUAAUUUUUCCAACCAUCAAGUUUUUUUUUUCUUUUGAGAAACUGUAAACCUUUAUUUAGUAUCAAUGGUCAUAGGAAUAUAUAUUAUAUUGGGCAUAAUAGAGAGCCACACAUGACGUCCAAAAGGUAAAGAAGAAGCCGCCUUAACAAGAGAGUGAGCUGAUCCAUUGUGCUCCCGCUUCUCGUGAAUGAUCUUGAGCGCUCCAAAUAACGUCCGUCCGGCGAUGACUAAUUUCUCGGAGGAUGAUGCAUAUAGGCCGUCGAAAACGAUUGCGGAAGCUCCAAGGUAAUUGUCGUACUUGUCUCGGCAGACUAUUGUUGCUGCUCCGCGGGAACCACUCCUGGAGAUACUACUGUCGACGUUAAACUUCACGCCGAGUUCAUCAGGCGGCAGCCGACCCGUUCGUGGAACCAAUGGUGAAGACGUAUGCUGGAUACCCAAUGUUACAAGCAGGCCCCUGAUGUCUGCAUUUAUGCUCCUGUGUUGAACAUACGAGCCCUUAGAGCAUCUCCAACAAGUGCCCAAAAACUGCUCCGCGCGUUAAAAACCGUCCUUUCUGGGCGCCGGAGACGCUCUAGCAGAUGCUGCGAAAUAGUGCGCGCGUAAAAAAAUUUAACGCACACGCUUAAAAGCACUAUCGCACGCUGCAAAUGUUGGGCGCCAGAUCGCGCACGCUUCAUAAUUUGCGCUGCGUGUUCUUUUGGGCGCGCGUUUUUGUGCAUCUAGAAAACCAAUGUUGACCGCAGCAUGCUAAAAGCGCUACAUUGGCGCUGUAAAACUAUUUUAGCGCUCCGCCUCUCUUGGAGAUGCUCUUGGGCAAAACUGAAGAACG